AUGCCUCCUCCGAACGUCAAGCGGUUGGUUUUGACUGGAGCAGUCACUGCAAUCACAAUAACAGGCACGCUCUAUGGUGCAGGUCUCAAAACCAAUCAGGAAAUUGCAGAGACAGUAAAGCAACGCCAAGAGUCUACUUUCGAUGAACAGAUGAAAGCUUUGCAGGGAAUGCGCUCGAAUCUCACAGCUCGGAGAGGUAUCCUCGAGAACCAAAUCCGAGACCUUGAUGCCAGGAUGCUUGAGAAGCAACAGAAAGGCAUUGGCGGAGACACAUCACAACCGCCUAAGGAACAAUGA